CUCCUUUUUUUCUAAUAAAGCUUUCCGCAGAAGACAAACUCUGUACACAAUAAACAAGAAAUCAGAUAAACCUACCUGAUAAAAUGACUUCUUGUCAUGUUGCUGAAGAUCCUAUAAAAAAGGUUGCUAUCUUUGGAGGAACUCAUGGAAAUGAACUCACAGGAGUAUUCCUGGUUAAGCACUGGAUGGAGAAUGGCACCGAGAUUCAGAGAACAGGGCUGGAGGUAAAACCAUUUAUUACCAACCCAAGAGCAGUGAAGAAGUGCACCAGAUAUAUUGACUGUGAUCUGAAUCGAGUUUUUGACCCGGAAAAUCUUGGCAAAAAAGUGUCAGAGGAUUUGCCAUAUGAAGUGAGAAGGGCUCAAGAAAUAAAUCAUUUAUUUGGUCCAAAAGAUAGUGAAGAUUCCUAUGACAUUAUUUUUGACCUUCACAACACUACUUCUAAUAUGGGGUGCACUCUUAUUCUUGAAGAUUCCAGGAAUGACUUUUUAAUUCAGAUGUUUCAUUAUAUUAAGACUUCUUUGGCUCCAUUACCCUGCUAUGUUUACCUCAUUGAGCAUCCGUCCCUCAAGUAUGCAACCACUCGUUCUAUAGCCAAGUAUCCUGUUGGUAUAGAAGUUGGUCCCCAGCCUCAAGGGGUUCUGAGGGCUGAUAUUCUGGAUCAAAUGAGAAAAAUGAUUAAACAUUCUCUUGAUUUUAUACAUAAUUACAAUGAAGGAAAAGAAUUUCCUCCCUGUGCUAUUGAAGCCUAUAAAAUAAUGGAGAAAGUUGAUUAUCCCAGAAAUGAAAGUGGAGAAAUUGCUGCUAUUAUCCACCCUAAACUGCAGGAUCAAGACUGGAAACCAUUGCACCCUGGGGAUCCUGUGUUUUUAACUCUUGACGGAAAGACUAUUCCAUUGGGCGGAGACGAUACCGUGUAUCCGGUGUUUGUAAAUGAGGCCGCAUAUUAUGAAAAGAAAGAAGCUUUCGCAAAGACGACUAAACUAACACUCAAUGCAAAAAGUAUUCGCUCUUCUUUACAUUAGAAGUCACUUCCAGCUCACUUGUUAUAGAGCACCUUGAAAAAUUCUACCAGUUUGUAAGCUCCUGAGGAGCAGGACUGUGCCUUAUUCAACUUCAUUUCCACAGCACCUAGCCCAGUGCCUUGCACACAAUGGACAGUCAGGUAAAUUUCUUGAAUGACUGAAUGAAUGAAUGAAUGAAUGAAUAUAUUAAUGAGUAUCUUUUAAAGAUACCAUCCUCUAUGUGUGUAGCUUAUUCAAAGAAGUGCAUUGCUUAUUUCUGUAUAGCUUUUUAUAGCUUAUACUUUGAUAGUUUAACAUACUUAGUAAACAGCCUUUGAAUUCAGAUUUUAACAUUGAAAUAGGUACUAUAUACAAAAAAAUUUUUACCUUGAGCAUAGAAUUAAAUGUUAUAUGUUUUCAAGCAAUGUAAAAGUGCUACUAAAAACUAAUGGUGCAGGUUUGCUAUUUUAAAUUUUUUCACACUUGAAUUAAUGAUGAAGUAUUAAGGAUCCAGUCUAUCAACUUUAGCAGUAGUUGUGAUAGCCAUAGAUUUUUAAAUGCUCUUUUGAAGAUGAAAUGUGAACAAGAUAUGAGGGCUGA